AUGGCGUUCGCGCAGUUCUACUACGAUCCUGCCGUCGAGUUCGAGAGGGUCCUGGACGAGCAUGCGCAUACCCAGGGUGCUUCCAAGGGAGGCGUCGCAAACGCAGACAAAAACACUGUCGGCGACGCCAGUGGACUCCACAAUAUCCCUCCAUCACGUUCGCAAUCCGUGGGUACCAUCGGGGAGCGUCACGGUGCCAGUGGACAGUCGAAGGAUACGCUGAAUCGACGUUUCGUCGAUACGCUGUUCAAAUGGCGAGACUCUUCUUGA